AUGUAUAAUAUAAAUUGUUUCACUAUUUUAAUGUUUGUAUUAGUAAAUUCAAAAUUGUGCCACAAUCAAAUACUACAAUUCGGCACGUGUGCAGAAGUAGAAACGAUGAAAUUCUUUAAUUUGGAAAAGUUUCUUGGUGUAUGGUACGAGAUAGAACGGAUUCCGAUAUGGUAUGAAGAACACGCGCAAUGCGCAUACAAACGUUUCCAAGCAUGCGGCAGAAGAAUCGAAAUUGAAUAUGGUUUCGUAAGAGAAGGGAUUCAGUUCAUUUUACACGUUAAUAGCUCCUAUGCUCCUGGAGAUGAAGCCGUGUUUACCCUUGAAAAGAAUAACAUAGAUCCAUUAGGCAUUCCUCUAUCUGUAAUAGCAACAGAUUAUACUAACUAUGCAGUAGUCUACGGCUGUAGAAACAACGAAGAGUUGGAUAUUAAAUAUUUUUCAGCCUGGAUAUUAUCAAGAUACAAAAUUCUAGCACCUGAAAUAUUGGAGACAGCAUACCGAGACAUAAAUUCUAUACCAUAUAUUAGUACUGCCUAUUUGGAGCAAGUGCAACAGAAUGAAGAAACAUGUAAAUGUCAUUGGACAGCUCACGUACAGGCUGAGGAUAAUAAAGAAGUCCAAAGGGAUGAAUUGUGA